AUACACAAAGAAUUAUCACUUGCAUUUUUGGAAGUGGCAACAAGCGAGAAAUUUGCAUUUUAACGACGCGCGGAUGAAGUGGUAGUCAAAUCAAGCGAUGACCGUGAGAGAACAUUGUUCUCUAGAUAAAAAAACAUCCACGGGUGGGGAAGAACGGACGAGGGUGGCUCUCCGCGUGGGUCGAUUCAUCGUGGCGCUUCGACGCGGAAGGACGAGGGCGUCCGCAUCGCGAGGAUAUCCAGGGAGAGAAAGAGAGAUAGAGAUAGAGAAAGGAAGAGCGAGUUCCAAGGGCGUACAUCGGCCAGUAACGAGUCGGGGGACGCGAGCGACGCUUGCAGGCGUCGCCCUAGGCGCCGCUGUCCGAGAACAGAUGGAGCCGACCCGCGUACCCCGGGGUCCCGGUCCGCGCCUCGUCUUCCUCUUCGCCACUCUCGUGUUGACUUUCGCAGCGACGGGGCUUCUAUGCGGUGCGAUAAUGUCGGAUCAUUGGGAAGAGAUCAGCUGGGACAAGGAAGGCCUAUCUCAUGCAAACGUCAAUCUCACGUGGUAUCUGGACGGUCAGGUGGCAAUGCUAAAGUCUUCCGAUAAUCAUCGAACUAAUCGUGUUACUAAAAGUUCGUCCUUUUUGGUUCCUAUGCACGGCGGAAUUUGGAUUAUGUGUGUUACAUUGUCAGAGGAAGAGAUACAGCUGUUAAGUCAGGUGGGUUUCCCGCAAGAGAGAUGCAUCAAUUACUUGACACCGAAUGAACCGCAUGAAGAAAUACGCGUAGCUUGGCAAAAUCGAAUGCAGAAUCUAAGUAUCUCAUGCUCUUUAGUGUGCCUAAUUAUUCUAGGAUGCGCCGCACUUAUAGGAUUUUUCGGACUAUGCAGGCAUCAGAUAUCGGCCGUGCUUGUGACGGGAGUAAUGUACCUCCUUGCAGCAACAUUCGCAUUGUUUACGCUGACGAUCAUUCAUUUCAAGAGGGACCAUGGGACCAAAUUAGUAGUGGACGGUGGUCCCGAGGACGGCGUAAUCGGCAUGCCUGUUCCUCGCAGUGUCCUCAAGGCCAGAAAGUUCACUACCGCAUGGAGCAUGGACCUGGGAUGGGGUGGAGUCACCCUCUGUGCCCUCGCAUCGGUCGCUUGGAUACUCCUCAGUAAAAUCAUGCGUUUCAGCCCGAUCGCUGCCAUGAUCGCGUAGCAGUGGGACGCCUUCGAGGUUUAAGGUCGUUUCUGAUAAUUACUAUAUUUCGAUCCUUUCUGCGAUCCUUACGGAAAUUAAAUUUCAAUGUUUCAUUAUUUUCCUAAUCGAUAUGUAUCACGAUGAUUCAAGAGAUUUUUCCUUUUGUAUAAGUUUUUCGAAUUCUGAUCUUCGAUUUUCUAUAACAAAUAUAUUUCAAACAGUCAUUCGUUACACAAUUAAAAAAUGAUUCAUCUUACAACACAUAUAUUACGCUGAAGUGUAUAAUUUUGAAAACUUAUAAAUGAUUAGGAUUAGUUUCAGUUGUAUUUUUUAUUUAUUUUCUAUUUUUGAUUUGUUUAAGUUAUCAGCUAAAAUGAUAUAUGAACUUCAUAUACUGCAAUUCUCAAUCACCGUCUAUGUAAACAAUUCUUUGAGUCUCCUAUAAUAUGUAGUCAAUUAUAUAAUCAUUGUAUGUUAAAUAAGUGAUACUGUCUUCGUUUUAUUUGAUAAAUGUGAUAAUUGUUUUUAUCAAUCAUUUUCUUGAUGAAUAAUCUAAAUUGCGAAUACAAUAUUUAUCUCAUAUUGCAAAAUUCUGAAAAUUCGAGUAUAAAAAUUUUUAAAAUUUAUGAGUGUUUUGCGUUCAAGAAUUGAAGAUUUGAAAAAAAUUUUAGAAAGGAAUCGCAGAUUGGACGUUUACAGAUACUUCUUGAGGAAGUUGCAUCCAGAAAUGACUACAUCUCGAAGGCGACAACUGUUACUUUGUAUCAUUUAUAAUAUCUCAUUUGCAUAAAUGUUAUUCCAAUUGAAGGAAUAUAAGUUUACCAAAAGAGAUGCAGAGAAUCUCUGAUCAAUAUACAAUUCUCGUCCCUUCAAAAGCAUCUAAUAAUUCUGACAUUUGAUCGGCGCUUUGUAGUAAAUAAUUACGUCAUUUUGACAUAAUUUAUAUUUUUAUCUCUGAAUGUAAUCAUUUGACUUAUUCGCUACAAGUAAUUACACAAACUCACUAGAGGAUUCAAGAAACAAGAGAACGAAUAAAUCUAUAACACGCUCAUGGUGUAAAAAGAUAAGAUGUAACAUAUUCCCGUGGAUGCACAAUGGAUGGACAAUCAGGAAUUAGUCUCAAAUGUUAAAAGUAAUAUAGCAAUUAAUAUUAUUAUGAAUGUUACACAAAAGAAUUAAAUAACAUAAUUUUUGAAACUUGUUGCUUCGAUUUUAUUCAAAUAGUUUUAUAUUUUUUAAAUAUUUAUUCAUUUUAAUUAAUAAAUUAUUAUUUUAGUUAUCCUUUCUCCAUAAACAAUCAAAUUCUUCUUUUUUCAUUAUUAUUUUCGUAAUUGAUCUCAUAAAUCUAUGAUUGCAUCUAUUAUGCUCAAUAUAAUACUUUCUCUUUCUAUACCAUGAGAACAUAGCUUUAUGUCUCAAGAAUUAAUAAAAAGAAUGUUAUUUAAGAAUAUAAUGAUACUCUCAUAUAUAAUUACAUAUAAUGUAAUACAAACGCCUUACAAUUAGAAUGAUAAGCAUAUGUAAAGCAUAUUUGUAAAGCAUAAAGUAAAGGAAUUAGUCGUAUACAGAAUGAGGUACGUUUUAAAUGUGAUGCAUUAAUCUCUCUCAGAAUAAAGCAAAAAAUGAUACAGUCAAAAAAUGAUAUAGUCAAAAAAUGAAAUAUUCUUGUUAAGAAUUAUAAUUUUCCCUCUCAAUAAUAAAUAUAUAUAAUUUUAUUCCCUCUAUUCUGAGAUAUCAAGUUUUGUAUCACGCUUUAAAUUGAACCUCAACUUGUAUACUGUAUAAAUUUUUUCACGCAGCAAAGAAGAGCUUGUUUUUGCUACUACUUGUUAUAGCAAUUAGAUGAGAUAAUUGUGCAUAUAUCCUGCAUGAAGGGAUUAUGAAUUGCACUUCGUCCAUUAAAACUUAAGGAAAUUCCAUACAUUGUACGCGCUUUUAAAGGAAACAUGUUUUUCUAAUAAUACAUUCUUCAUUGCAAUAUUUUUUUAUGCGAUCUUUGUUGUUUGUUAUAUUAAAGAUAAGAUGAAAAACACAAUAAAAGACAGCAAAUUCCUAACUAAAAACUAUUGUAUUUUAUUCUUAUUAAAUUUCAAAUUUUCUAUCUUUAAGAUUUUGAUACACAUAAUGAUGCCCAAAGUUUUGUAUACAAAAUCUUAAUUCAUAUAUAAAACAAAAUGUUUUAUAUAUUUUCUGUUACGCAGAUAUAUACCUUGUAUAGAAGGCGUCGUGCUUUUCUUUUAGAACCUACUUCAAAACAAAUACCAAUUAAUCGAUAGUCAAUUCAUUAGAAAAAUUUGCCUAAUUCAUCCAUAUCACUAUCCUUAAUCUAAUCUUUCUUUUAACUCAUCGAAUUGAUUCUAUCUAGAUUAAUAAAAUAUACAGCAAGACAUUACUGAUAAAUUAAUUACUCAUUGACUUAUCAAAGUGACUCUGAUAUUAUAAUCAUUUAUCAUAUUAAUGUAAAAAUAAAAAAGAUUUAUGUAACUUGAAAUUGUAAUAUUGUU